AUAUGAUGUUUUGAGUUUUUUAUAUAUAUUAUUUUUAUUAUGUAUUUAGAUAUAGUAUGUAGAAACGUAUCAAAAGUAAUGUAUCUAGAAAAACAGGAAAAAAAAGGUCUUAUAGUUUAGGAUUAAAGAAUUACUAGUAAUGAAUAAUGAACUGUCUGUAAGAUGGAUGCUGAUGCAGGGUCUGGAACUGCCUAUAAUGUGGGAUUGUAUGGCUACUUCUCAUUAUCGUUGUUUACAAAAGAAAUAUAUUUUUGUGACAAAGCUCAUACUGGUGGACUGGCAGCUGAGCAAAGCAACCCACUUCCUUGACCAACUUCACGAGGUUUUGGAUUCCAGGAUUGGCCGCCGUUACCAUUGUCCAAUUCUCCGUUUUUGCUGUCGGCAAAUCUUCAGUCCUAGCCGCCUCUCGCAGUCAACGAGGUUGCGUAGUGCACUAGUGCAUGAUCUGCGUCGAACUUUAGCAGCUGGCUGCUGCUAGUAUUUAGAUUUAGCAGAGGGGCCAACAAGGCACGCACAUAGAUCAUCGAUUCAUUGCGCAUCCACAAUACAGCGAAUGGGCAGCGUCGUGGUCCUGUACACAUGGAUGGUCCGGGGCCACCUCCACCCGAUGGCGCAGCUCGCCGACCGCUUGGCGGGCCACGGCGUUCCCAUCACCAUGGCCAUUGCCGACGUCCCGUCGUCCAGCGACUCCCAUCAAACCGUGGCCCGUCUCUCCGCCACCUACCCUUCCGUCUCCUUCCAUCUCCUCCAGCCGACAACCGCCCGUUCCGGGGACAAGGCCGACCCCGACGCCGACCCCUUCAUCACGCUCAUCGCCGACCUCCGCGCCACCAACCCCGCGCUCCUCGCGUUCGUGAGGUCCCUCCCGUCCGUGAAGGCGCUCGUGCUCGACUUCUUCUGCGGGUGCGCGCUCGACGCCGCCGCGGAGCUCGGACUCCCGGCCUACCUGUUCUUCACGUCCGGCGCGUCCCCGCUCGCUGCCUAUCUGCACAUCCCCGUCAUGCGCUCCGACGUCUCCUUCGGGGACAUGGGACGCUCGUUGCUGCACUUCCCCGGAGUGCACCCGGUUCCUGCCUCGGACUUGCCUGAGGUCCUGCUUGGUCCUCACAACGAGCAGUACAAGGCAACCAUUGAUCUCUUCGAGCAGCUCCCCAGAGCGAAGGGCGUACUAGCCAACACGUUCGAGUGGUUGGAGCCCCGCGCCGUGAGGGCAAUCGAGGAGGGCAGCCCCCGCCCCGGCGGCGAGCCAGUGCCGAGGCUGUUCUGCGUCGGCCCGUUAGUGGGCGAGGAGAGGGGAGGAGACGGGAACGCGAAGGCGAAGCACGAGUGCUUGACGUGGCUGGACGCGCGGCCGGCGCGGAGCGUGGUGUUCCUCUGCUUCGGGAGCGCUAGCUCGGUGCCGGCAGGGCAGCUGAGGGAGAUCGCGGUGGGGCUGGAGAGAAGCGGGCACGCGUUCCUCUGGGCCGUGCGCGCGCCGGUCGCGCCCGACGCCGACUCGACGAAGCGGUUCGAGGGCCGCGGCGAGGCGGCGCUGGAGGCGCUGCUCCCGGAUGGGUUCCUGGACAGGACGCGCGGGCGCGGGCUGGUGGUGCCGACGUGGGCGCCGCAGGUGGAGGUGCUGCGGCACCCGGCCACCGGAGCGUUCGUGACGCACUGCGGGUGGAACUCGACGCUGGAGGCGGUCACGGCGGGCGUGCCGAUGGUGUGCUGGCCGAUGUACGCGGAGCAGCGGCUGAACAAGGUGUUCGUCGCGGAGGGGAUGAAGCUCGGGGUGGUGAUGGAGGGUUACGACGAGGCCAUGGUGAAGGCGGAGGAGGUGGAGGCCAAGGUCAGGCUGGUCAUGGAGUCCCAGCAGGGAAAGGAGCUCAGGGACAGGGUGGCCGUGGCGAAGGAUGAGGCCGCCGCCGCGCUGGAGACCGCCGGAUCGUCAAAGGCAGCGUUAGUUGACUUUAUCAUCGACAUGGAAAUUUCGACGCGUCAGUGAACCUAUGAACCUAUUACCUAUCAGACACGCUCACGGGAGCAGAGUUUCACUAUGACACAGUGACACGAAUUCUUCGUUUCUCUUUCUCGUGUUUCACUCUUUAUAUUUAAUGCCCUAUGCAUAAGCCGUUGGAAUGUGCUGUUCUUUUUUUUGGCUAAAAGAGCUGGAUUGUGCUUAACCUAAUCUUGACCUUUUCGUGUGAUGGCUAACUCCGAGAGAUAUUUUGUUAGCAACGGGUAGUUGUUUGUAUAUUCUGAAUAUUUGAUCGA